AAAGCAGCGUGAGAUGAGACUCCAACGCGGACUCCGCUGGCUUCCCGUCUGACUCCGCCCGCCGGCCUUCGACUCCCGAGGAAUAAACUCGUACCAUUAGAAAACGCCAUUCUCCAUCGGCAUUUCUUGCGCUCUACGCUUCGGCUUCCAGCAGUGGGGCGUUAGUCAAGUCUCGCUAUUCCGCGUCGGCGUCGAGAUUGGGAGAUAGAGGGAAAGCGCGCUGAGGAUAGGGAAAAAAAACAUGGCGGAAGAGAAGGAAUCCACCUCCAUUCCGCUAAGCCAGGCGGCGGACCCUGAAGACCCAGCCAAAGCGCCCCCAAUUUCUCCCAGUUCCUCCACCAGGAAGGCCUGUGGUGCUGUUCUUCAGAGUUGGGUGUCAAAGAAAUUUAUGACUGGAUGUGUAGUUCUCUUCCCUGUUGCAGUCACUUUUUACAUUACAUGGUGGUUUAUUCAGUUCGUUGAUGGUUUUUUCAGUCCAAUAUAUGACAAGCUUGGAUUUGACAUCUUUGGCCUUGGGUUCGUGACAUCUUUGAUAUUCGUAUUUCUCAUUGGAAUUUUUGCUUCAUCCUGGUUGGGAUCAACAGUCGUCUGGUUGGGAGAGUGGUUCAUAAAACGAAUGCCCUUUGUGAGGCACAUUUAUUCAGCAUCAAAGCAAAUUAGUACUGCAAUUUCUCCAGAUCAAAAUACCACAGCUUUUAAAGAGGUCGCAAUUAUUCGCCAUCCACGUGUUGGAGAGUAUGCAUUUGGUUUUAUUACAUCUACAGUUGUUCUUCAGAAUGACAAAGGUGAUGAAGAGUUAUGCAGUAUUUAUGUUCCAACCAACCAUCUUUAUAUUGGUGAUAUAUUCUUGGUUAACUCUGAAGAAAUCAUUAGGCCCAACCUUUCUGUUCGAGAAGGCAUAGAGAUCAUUGUUUCGGGGGGUAUGACAAUGCCACAGACAAUUGCUCCUCUACAAAGGAUUCCCCGUAAAAACCACAACAUCAGAUUGAAUAGAAUAACAAAUUAAGAGGUCAUGCCGCCGUUUUGCCAUGGCUUCUAGAGGACAGCCAGAGUACAGCGAGAAGGAGAAGAGGAUUAGUUGGUAAAGCUUGAAGUGUGUUGAUGCAUGAUUUUGUGUUGUAAAGACAUCUAACAUUGAGAGAAUGUUUUUGCAAAAAAAACAAAAAUAGAAGAUUAUGGAUAUGGUACGAUGAACUGCACGGCAAAGCUCGCAUGGUCAAUUGUGUGUUCCAGAAUUACAAUUGUUAGGGUUUAGAAAUUAUCUUACUUGAAUGCCUUGUACAAUCCAACUAAUGUUUUGUGAUGUGCCCUUUUGUUUUAGUUUGAUGGACGAAUAAAUAAUUCCACUAGUCA